GCCCAAUUGGCUUUCAUGUCCUUUUCGCCCUCGCGCCCAGAAAUACGCGUGUUACACACAAACUAAUUGAUCAAACAACACGGCGCACUGGUACAUCAACAAUUUAGCCCUGAUACGCGACGUCACACAGAAGUAAGAGUGCCGUUGGUUGCCAAGCAACGCCCAGGGUGUGACCCCUUCUAAACAUAUUUCUGGACACAUCACUGGCGUAUUACAUACUAGCGGUCUUCCCUAGCGCAGCACCGGAGACUUUCUCUUGGGAGAUUCGAGUUCUGUUUGGGCAGCGCUUGGAGUCUUCAAUGCAAUGCGCCAGGCAGCAGUCACACCUUGAAUAGCAGAUGUGGAGGUGCGGCCUUAGAUGCUUCGGGGUGUCGCCACACACCCAGGACCAGGAGAACGAACCACAGAAUGGCGACUCGUCGAAUGGAGCGACCGAGCGCCAAUGUCCGGUCGCGGCCGUCUCAGAUAAUAGCCAUCGCAAAGAAGACGGAAAGGAAGCGCUGGAUGCAGCGGGAAAUGAGCCGGAUGGGACGCUGUCGGUCGACACUUCUGCUCUGCGUGACGGUGACAUGUCCGGUGCCACGCUUAUCGAUACCACACUGGCAGCGCCUGCCCACCUGUCGCUUAUGGGGGUGCACAGCGAGACGUUUCCGAUUUCACCAACGGAUGCAAGCACAGCCGUUCUGCCCAGCCUGAACAGUGCGCGACCGGAGCUUGCAGCGCUUUCCAUGCUCUCGAGCAGCCAGAACUCAUUCAACUGCUCGCAACUAUGGGGGCCAAGCACGGCCAUGGCCAUGGACCAACUUUCUACUCUAAACAGCCAGUCAGCAGACACCUUCAUGCUCAUGAGCGGCUCACGGCUCUCCGUAUCGGGGGUUGAGCGGCCGCCCAUGCACUUGGACAAGAGCUUUCCGCAGCUGCCGCGUACGCUCGCAGUUAAGCUGUCCAGCUUUGAGGCGCUGCUGGCUGCGGUGUCAGACCACGUUUGGGUUGGACAGGGUGCACAGGGCGCCGUGCUGCGAGCAACAUGGCGAUCAGGCUGCACAGUCGCUGUCAAGUGGCUUGUGACUGAUGCGGUGGACGUGCAUGCGGCAUACAUGGAGGCCCUUCUGGCCAAGAUGCUCGCGCAUCCCUACCUGGUGCAAACCUUCGAGUACGGCAUGGCCUCACUCAAUGACAACUUUGACCAGCACCGUAAGCCCGUGGACGUGCGCACCCCGGCUUCACCCUCUCCGCUUCUGCAUGGCACAGCCGCUGCCUCCACCAUCGUGUCGGUGCCCAGCGGCGGUGCGCCCAAGCACAGCCAGCUGCAGCAGCAGACCCACUACCGGGCCGUGCAGCCGCACACGGCCGCGCAGACACACAGCAUUUGCAGCAAGGACCGGGACCGCUGCUCCACGCAGCAGCAGCCGCUUUCCAUGUCCGCAGCAGCCUUGGCACUGCAGAGCUUUGUCAUGGAAGACGCAUUCCCGAUCGUGGCAUCUGGCAGCUUCACGGCCGGCCCCACGCCCAUUGCCGCGCAGGCAGCGCUUGCUAAGCAUGCUGCAGCACAGCAUUCGCCCGAUGACUCCUCGGCCACGCAUCAGCGACACAAGCAGGAGGCGCAGUCAUCUUCACCAGAUGCGCCCGCCACGUUGCCGCCACAGGAAUGCGGUGGUGCCGGCAGGCACAUAGACGGUCGCAUACCAGGCGCAGCCGCGCACACCGGUGCCGGUAGUACAGCAGCUACGCCAUUGUCUUCGGCCUCGCUCUCACAGCAGCUGGCGGGUUACAUGCAACCCCAGCAUUCACAGCCGCAGAAACAGCAGCAGCAACUGCGCGGCUGCGGUGGGCAGCAGCAACAGCAGCAGCAGUUGCUGUCGCAGCUGCAUCGGCAGUACCGAUCACCUGUGAGCGGCCAGCACCAGCACACACAGCGCAACCCGCCUGAUGACGUGUCUCGUGUGUGGACCAGCGAUGAUAGCUUUGAUGGCAGCGCGAGCCGCCUCGCACAUGGCUCCAAUACAUCGGUGGACUGCCUUGAUGUGCUGAAGCAGCUGGGCGCGGCACCGGGCAAGUACGUGGUGCAGAUCGUGAGCGAGUGGUGCGAUGAGGGCACGCUGCACGUUGCCAUCCGCAAGGGCGUGUUCAGGGCGCAGCCGCAACACGGCCGCUCUCAGACGUGGGCGCUGCGGGCGCUGCUACAAACUGCACGCGAGGUCGCUUUGGGUAUGUGCCACCUGCACUACUCCCUCAACAUCAUCCACGGCGACCUUAAGCCCGGCAAUGUACUGCUCAAGAGCAGCCGCGUGGACUCACGUGGCUUCGUGGCCAAGGUCGCGGACUUCGGCCUAUCACGCCUGCUUUGCAACCAGACCGACGGCUUCGUGUCUACGGCCGACUGGGGCACAGUGCCGUACAUGGCGGGCGAGUACCUGGACAACAAGCUGUGCAAGAGCUCAGACGUGUACUCAUUCGGUGUGCUGCUGUGGCAGAUGUUCACCGGCAAGGCACCGUUUGCGGGCCACCACGAGGCACAAGUGGCGGUGGGUGUGAUGACUGGGAGCCUGCAACUCGAGUGGCCGACCAACAUGCCACCGCCCCUGGCGCGCCUGGGCCAGGCCUGUUGCCGCCACGAGCCCCAGCAGCGACCCACGUUCAAAGAUGUGGCAGUCGCGCUGGCUGGCAUCGAGACGCAGAUCCGCGAGACACACUCACGUGCCAGGAUGCUCCAACGCAUUGGCAGCGAGCACCCCGCGCCCGGCGGCCACCCCGCCGCCGCCAUCGGCUCUGCCUCCGCCACCUGCACCGCCGUCUCGGCUCAUGCUGACUCGUACGGCGGCUACCCGGGCCAUGCAAGCCCCGGGGUGCUGCUGCCCCUGCCCGGCUCGGUGCCGCCAUCCAUGCUGCCGCCGUCACUGGGCCUGGGCCUCGGGCUCAACAGCCACCAGCUGCCCACGCUGCCCGCACACUCGCUUCCCACGCCCGGCAGCUUCAGCAGGGUGCUGAAGCAAGCACACAGCCUGCCGUACCAGCUGCCGCAAACCAGCCACGGCGGCGCGGCCGGCAGCGCGUUUGCUGCCUCCGCUACUGUCUGCGGCAUCAACGGCAUCGGCGGCGGCACCAAUGGCGGCAACACGCCCGUCACCGCAUUCGCGGCGCACAUGUCCACUGUUGGCGCAUCCAGCAUCACCACGGCAUGCACGGCCGCCGACCACUCGGCAGGUUUCCUGCUCGGCAGCAUCCAUGAGCUGCCAACCAUGUAUGCGGCUGGCGCCACGAUGGCCGUACUGCCCUCCUCGACGCUGCUCUCCGUUGCCAUUCCGUCGGCUGCCGGCGGUGUGGCGGCGCCCACGGCUCCAGAAGGGUGGAUGCUGGGCUCGGCAAGCCACAUGGAGGCAGCCAUGGCCGCAGCCAUGGCUGCCUCUGUGGCGGCGCAUCCAGGCGUAGCCUCCUCGGGCGCCAGGGGAACGCCCAUGGUUGCAGCGGCCGCCGCGGUGGCCGCUGCUGCUGGCGUGGCGAGUGCGGCACCCAGCCACUCUGCAGCUGUCCAAACCAUGAGCUUGGAUCUGGUGCCGCCUCAGGAGGGCAGCCAGGACGCGGCGUUGGCGCUGCAGGCCGCCGCCUCGUGGGUGGAGACUGGCAGCAGCUCAUCGACGCCCCACAAUGCUAACGGCACCGCGCGGCUGCCACAGCCAGCCAGCGCCUCGCCGGCGCACCACCUACAGCAGUACACUGCAGUGCCGCCUGGGGCCCUGCCGCUCAUGCCAUGGCUGCAGCCUCUGCCAGCAACGACGGGCGCUGCUUUCCCGCAACAGCAGCAACAGCACGUGGCUUACGGGCAGCCGUACCGGUAUCCACUCAUGUACGGUCCGGUGCGCAAACAGUCCAGCCCGCCUCUGCUACGGGGCCCCAGCGGCUCCCGCCUGAUACACGCCAGUGUGGAAGUGCCACUGCCUGUGCCGCUGCCCGCGGCAGCUGCUUCCCCCAACACUGGCGGUGCUGGUACCGGUGCCGGUAUCGCUGCCGCGGUUGCACCGCUGGCAGGUAUGCCCGCGCCGGUGCCACAGCUGGUGUCGCAGCAGCAGAUGCCUGGCGCAGGCAUCUGCUGCUGCGCGGCGCCAGCUGAGACCGAAGUCGCUAGCGGCAAUGGGCCGCAGCAUGCGCUGCAUGCGCAGCCGGGCACGGCGUUACCACAUUACAACUACGUUUACACGUACCCGGCCCCGGCGCCGCUGCCGCUCCCGCUGCCGGGGCCGGGGCCUGUGCCUCCGCAGCUGCCGCAGGCGCCGCGGCCCAAUGACCUCCUGCCCGCCGCUGCUCCCUCGGCGCUGAGCACCUCUGUGGGCGCCAGCGCAAUCGGCAGUACGGGUGCAAAGAUGCUGGCUAGCCCGACAGCCAGAACCGCCGGCGCAACCGCUGCUGCGCCGGCUUCUACUUCAAUGGGCGCAAUAGCAGUCGUGGCGCCUUCGGGCUUACAGCAGGCCGCCUGGCCGCAGCAGGGUUCUUUGGGUGGCGCAGGCGACGGUGUCGAUGCUGGCGCGGGUGCGCGCCCCAGCGGCGGCGGGUAUGGUGCCACUGGCGGGUCUGAACUGUCAGCCGUCGCUAGCCUGGGAGGCAUGGGCCCGGGCUUGGCUGGCAUCGCUGUGCUGUUGGGCGGCGACCGCUGCAACGUGACCGCCGCUGCGUUGCCUGGCCACAAUGCCGCCGCCAUCGUCGGCCCCGUCAGCUUGGCGGCGGCUGCCAGAGAUGCGGCCGUGCCGUGGGCGGGUCCGGACACCAGCAGCAUAUGCGCCAGCGAUGCCGUGACGCUGGGCGGCACGCCAACAAUGCACCACGACAUGGGCUUUGCAGGGCCCUGGGCUGCGGACGCGCAAAGCUGCUUUCCGGAGCGGCGCCCCUCAACGCAGGAGGUGCAGCUGGAUAUCACCCUGGGUCGCAUGGGCGGUGUGGUUGCGGACGCUCUGAGUCUGAGGUUGCUGGAGUGCAAUGCUGCUGCGGCCGAGCCGCCGGCAGCCGAGAGCAACAUUGACCGUGAGCAGCAGCCGUCGCUUUCCUUCCCGCUUCCGCCAGUCGUGCACUCCGGAGCCCAGCCAUACCAGCCGCUGUUGACACCGCCGCGCACUGGUAGCGGCGGCGGCGUGGUGGGCACGCUGGAGCUGGUGGCAGCAGCUGCUACCAAUAGCGGUGGUGGCAGUGGGCCUGUCGCCGGGGUGAGCAUGGGCCCCAGCACCCAGUCACACCAACAGCUGCUGCAGCACCAUCACCAGCAACAGUGGCAGCAGCAAAUCCAAUACCAGCAGCAAAUCGUGAUGCAGCAGCAACAGCAGCUGAAGCAGCAGCUUUUACAGCAGCAACAGCAGCUACAGCACGACCAGCAGCAGCUGCAGCACGACCAGCAGCUGUUGAAACAACAGCAGCAACAGCUGAUGCUUCAGCAACAGCAACAACAGCAGCUGGCGCCAGUGCUGCGCCGCUCCUUGACUAUCGGCACUCGGCGCCGGUCGCUCACCGCGGCAGGCAUGAGCAGUGCCGCCGCCGACGAAGACUUGGCACCGGGGCGGCGGAGCAUGGACGAGGCCGCGGCCCUGUGGCGACUGGCGAACCCCGGCCGCGACGGCAGUGAUGGAGCGGGUGGGCCACGCAUGUCGACCAGUACUACCCUGACCUGGACCUCGUCCGUCGCCAGGUCCGGCAGCAGCGCACAGCCCUUCCACAGGCUGCCCGGCGGGCCUGCAGCAGGCCAGACCUCGGCGCCGUCGUCCGCGGGCCGCCUGCAAUGCCUCCAGCUGCACCAGCACCAGCAGGCGGAGCAAACGCCGCACCUCAGCUACGGCCAGCAGCAGCCUCCGGCGUCAGCGGUGCCGUCGGCUUCGGGCUCCGCCGCGGCGCACAUGCCGCUGGCGCAGCGCAGCAUGGCGGCUGGCGUGAUGCAGGCGGCAUUUGGGUUUCCAGGCUCGGCACGCAGGGCACACACCGUCCACACCUUACGCGCCAGCAGUGCCGGGGUUGGCCUGCUGUCGGCCUCCCCUAGUGCGAGCCACCGAAGCAGCAUCAACCUGCUGUUGGGUAGGGCCGGGCAGGACGCGACCGCAGACAGAAAGGGUCCCGGCGGCAGCAGCCCAUUAUUAUCGUCUAUGAUGGCGAUUCCACUAGCGCCGCUGCAUGAGGCUUUUGAGAGCCCCGCGGGGCCGGACAGGAUGCUUGGUGAGUGACGACAGGGAGACACAUGGCAAGGCGUGCGGAUUAGUAAAGGGAGAUCGGGCACAUUUUCGGUCUGGGCAGUGGGGGGUGGGAAGGGAGAGUGGCAGUCAUGGCAUGACAAAGAGUGGAGAGUGGUAGUCGUGGAAUUCCGCAUGUGUCAAGUGGAGUAGGCCAGCUGAAAUAAGGCCCAAUUUGUACCUGAACGGGUUCGCGUUGGGUGUAUUGCGGGUCUUUCCUUGCGCUGGGACUCUACCCCAAGCGUGCUGCUGUUUUUUGCCGUACGGUAUUUUUUUGCUGUACGGUAUGUUUUUCAUUCCGCACAUACUUAACUGUUGGUGAGGUUCAUUACUGUAGACCAUUUGAAAUCACCGCUACCUGGAAGAAACGGUGGUACUGUGAUAGCACACCGGCAUGCCUUGAAUGCUGUUGGCGUUGAUGCUGCAUUCGAUGACUGGGCCCACUGCAGAUCGCACAGGGCUGCAACCCCAGGUCACAGCGAAGCAGGUGACAGUUGAGCACACGCAGACAGUGCUUUCGUAUGGCUGGCCCAACGCACGUGCCGAAGAAUGCUGGGCAGGUGAAGAAGGAUUGACGUUGGUCCCCAGUGCUAUUGCUAGGUCCGUUUCCGGGAGGUGUUGGCUGGCAGCGGGCACACCCACAAAAGAUAAUAGGCGUAGCAGCCGCUGCUGUAGGCGUGCAGCUGGCGGGACAUGCUAGAUGGAAGGGUGGCGCACAGAGAUGAGAGGCAAUCGGCAGAGCUGGCAGUGCACAAGCAUGGUAAUAAUUGACGAUGGGCCGUGCCUUCGAACUGCAGCGAGUGAAAGAGCACAUGCCGCAUGGCUGGCGUACAGCGUCACCACACGUGCAUGUGUCUCGCAAAUAAACGUGUGCGGUGCAAAUAACCAAUGUCGAACUUUGUAUACUAUCAU